AUGGAUUCCCUCGAAGAUGUCUCUUACGAUUUAUUGUUUCAAGGUUUGGGGUAUGACCCAUUAACCGAUGACUACUUGGUGGUUCAACUUUUCAGAAAUCUUAACACUAAUGAUAGAAAAAGGGCGCAAGUUUUCUCGAUCAGAGCUAAUAAGUGGAUUGAAAUUGAACCUGUCAAUUUGUCCUUCACAUCCUGUGGCUGGGAGAAUUAUAGGCCAGGCAGAGUUUUGAAUAAUGUCAUUUAUUGGUUGGGUUGCUGUUUGAAGGAAGAGAUGCAUGUUGUCUUUAUCAUUGGCUUUGAUGUAACAAAAAGGAUGUUUUUUGAGAUAGUUGUGCCAGUUGAUGUUGGGAAUAACAUUGAUCAAAUAGCUUUGAGUGAACAUGCAGGAUUGCUUAGUCUAUGUGUUUUUAAAGAGAGCAACCAUUCAAUAGAAAUAUGGAGUAUGAAAGAAUAUAGAGUAGAAUCAUCUUGGGCCAAGACUAGUGUGGUGUCUCUCGUUCUUCCACGCAGAUUCUUCAACCUACUUUGCGUAACAAAAGAUGGUGAUAUUGUUGGAGAAGAUUAUAAAAAAUUGAUCAAAUAUAAUAAGAAGGGGAAGGUGAAGGAGAAUCUAUCAUUGGCUCGUCUUCAUCUUUCAUCCUUUCAUGUCGAGAUCUAUAAAGAAUCUCUUUUCUCACUUCCUUGUCACAAUGAACAAGCAAUAGAAGAUAAUUAA